ACUCAAAGUGGACUUUUAGUGAUCAUGUGCCUUUAAGGACUGCAUCAGCCAACGGGAAAUGUUUUUUUUUUUUUUUUCAAAUCAGUUACAUACAUAGCGAGGUGAUGUAUUUAGUGCUGCAUCGGGAUUAUGGUUUGAUUCAAAGAAGGCAGUGAAAUGAUAACCGGAUGCUUUAGCCAUUAGAUUGUGAAUUGCAGCUAGCUAGUAACAGACAAAGCUGGAUGUUCACCGUACUGCACUGCUAGCUAAGCUAGCUAGCAUACUAGCACAUCUGACCGCUUAGCAUUUUUCUGUCUCCUGUCUCAGAAGUGUGGUACUAAGAAUACUUUAUAUUCUAAUGCGUCCCACAUUUCUGCCUUUUUUUUUUUGUAAAUUUGUAAAUAAGUACAUGGAAUUAGCAUCACUCUUAGCUUUUGCUAACUACAGCUAAUGAGAAAUGGUUCUUGUUGACUAGCCGAAAGGCAUUAUGUAUUCAUUGGCGUGUAAAGUUCAUAUCUUACUAUGGCAACGCUAGAGAGGUUGAUAUUUUUUUUAACAGUCAGUGAGAUAACUAAAUGGCUGCUGCUGCUGCUGCUGCUGUAAAUGCUUGAGUAAGUGCUCUCUGCUUAGCAGGACAGACUUGCCCUGUUGAAACUCUUGAGGUUUUCCCAGUAGCAGAGGUAAAAUGAAUGGUAAAGUCAUUCCUCACACCCCCAUAGCUGUGGACUGCUGGCAGCUUCGAAAGUGCAGCCACGUCCGGCUUUUCUUCCUCUCACACAUGCACUCAGAUCACACAUCAGGCCUCACAUCCACCUGGAGCCAUCGACCCAUAUACUGCUCUCCUCUCACUGCCAAGCUCCUCAGACUCAAACUGCAGGUGAAUGAAAAAUGGAUCCGGCCUCUGGAGGUUGGGGAGCCACACAUGUUGCCCCUGGAUGACAUUGGGAAGGAAAAAUUGACCGUUACCCUUAUUGAUGCCAAUCACUGUCCUGGGGCUGUUAUGUUUUUUUUCGAGGGCUACUUUGGCACUAUUCUUUACACCGGUGACUUUCGGUACACUCCAUCAAUGCUGCGUGAGCCGUGUCUUAGGAAUAAUACCACUAUUGAUGUGCUUUAUUUGGACAACACUAACUGUGACCCCACACGUUCAAUUCCUACUCGCCAGCGAGCCUGUCAGCAGAUGAAGGAGAUCAUACGAGGCCAUCCAAACUACACUGUGGUCAUCGGCAUGUAUGCUCUGGGGAAAGAGUCUCUGCUCGUACAGUUGGCGCUGGAGUUUAAGACCUGGGUGGAGGUAGAUGUGGAGCGUCUGGAGACCCUACGGGUGCUGGAGCUGCCUGAUGUGUUCAGCACAGAGCCAGGCUCGGGGCGGCUCCGUGCCGUUGCUCAGUCCGAGGUCACUGCGUCCAACCUGCUCGCCUGGAAUAAGGAGCGGCCUACCAUCGCCAUACUGCCCACCAGCCGCCCUGUGGUCUCCUGCCACCCUAACGUCCAUGUCGUGCCCUACUCAGACCACUCCUCCUACCAGGAGCUGGAGGACUUUGUUUCAGCUUUGCGUCCUGUGUCACUGGUGCCGAUUGUGGGCAGCUGCAUGCCGAACUUCUCUCUUCUAUGCCAACGCAGGAAGCGACAUGAGGUGGUGAUACCCGAGUCAGUACAGCACUACAUGAGGGCAAAACCUAAUGUUCAGCCUUUUACUUUCAGAAGAAACUUUCUUCAUCGUUCUUUGCACACAGUGCCUCGAGGGGUUGUGUUCGAAUCACCUGGAAAGAGUCCCAGACUCCCUAGCCAUAAUGAUGAUGAAGAUUCAGAUGCUAUGGAGGCAGAAGAUGAUGUAGCAGAAGUCGAUUCUGAACUGGAUGGAGACUCCGAUUGCAUUCUGUUAGACAUGAGCACAGACCUCACACAUGACAAGAGUCUAAAUCUGAUUCGGAUUACAUCAGAGGAUGCAACUACAGUUGACAGUUUCCCUCUAGACGAGACUGAUUCCCUCAUUGCCCUUGAAGGAUCAAGGUCACCUAAUAUUAAUAGCACAAGCAAAACCACAGCUUCACCCUGUGAUAGUGUUACGGCAGUGACCCAUAACAAAAAUCCCAGGAAGAGGAGCCCCCAAACGGGAAUCAUUAACUCCAGAGUGAUGUGUUCAUCAAUGGACAGCAUUAGUCUCCAUGACAGCAGCUGUGUAAUGGCUUUAGCAGCUUUAACACCAUCUGAAACACAUCCUGAUUCAUCUGAUGCAUUUGAUACAGUCGAGAGAGAGAAGACAGAGCAGUGGCUACUCAACAACUUCACUAUUCCAGAGGAAGAAUUCGCAUGUCAAUACGGAGUCAUUCAAGGUCUGCACGAGGUGUAUCCACUCACGCCAAUCAAUAUGCCAAAAGCUGAGGGUGAUCCAUUUGAGGCUGCAAUACAGAGAUUUAAAUCCAAAUAGGUAUCUAAAACAUUUAGGACAUUCAAAAACCAAGACAUAUACUGUUCAUCAUCAUUGCAAGUAACAGAAAAGGUCAAAUAGUGAAUAAGAUAUUAAUAGUGAAAAAUGAAGUUGAAAAGUCUCCUUGUUUGAAUGUGAUGUAAAUGUAUUCUAAUACUUAUACUCACUGUUUGCCUUCUUCGAAUCAGAUCUGAAGAAAGCUAGGGUGGCAGAACUUCUUUCUUCUGCCUUAAUCUAAGCCUUUGUGUUGAUUUGCCACAAUAAUAACCACUACACUCUCUAAAGCUCUCCAAUACAACUUGCUUAAUAUACAACAAUUUUUUACAUGUAGUGUUAAAAACUCUUCUCUGGUGUGUUCAGUAUUUUUCAGCUUAUUAUGGUGUAGCAUAAUGUAGCACUGUUUUAGACCAUGUUCUUUCCUACUGCAACAUCAUGUUUCAAGUUCUUACUGUACAUCAAACUAAAUCCAUUAUGUGUCUCGUUAUUGUGCCUAGGUGGGUGUUAACUGAUUGUCUUUUCAACAGUAUGGAAACCAUUAAGGUAUUAAAAUGUUAAGAAUGAAAAUAAUUUUACACUUUUGCCACUUUAUAUGUUAGUUAUAUAGUUUUGAAAUUGUACACAGAACGUUUUUGCAAAAACCUCAAAUGGAAGUGUAAUAAAAGGUCAGAAGGUACAAAAGGUCUUA